AUGUCGGCAACCAUCACAGCAUUACAGCGCAAGCUCGAGACCGACUCUGCCGCCUACCAGACCUUGCAGAAGGACUACGCAAAGGCAGUCGAGUCAAGGCAGAGACUGGAUUCUCAACUCCAAGAAAACAAGCUGGUCCAGGACGAGUUCAAACUCCUGAAGGACGACGCCAACAUCUACAAACUCAUCGGCCCCGUCCUCACCAAGCAGGAUAAAGUCGAGGCCGUCACCAAUGUCGACAAGCGUAUCGAUUUCAUCCAGGCCGAGAUUGAGCGUGUGGAGAAGCAGUUGAAUGACUUGCAAGAAAAGACGGAGAAGAAGAGGAUGGAGUUGGUCCAGACCCAGACCGCGCUCCAGCAACAAUCCGCCAAAAAUUAA